AUGUUGUUAGAAGCGCUUAUUUUAGUUGGUUUAAAAUACGUGGUUGUUGCUACAUUAUCUGUUAAAAUAACCACUCCUUUAGGAGAUAUCUUAGGUUCCACAGCACUAAAAUCGAGAUUGGGUAGAACUAUCUACUCAUUCAGAGGAAUCCGUUAUGCAGAGGCACCAAUAAAUAGUCUCAGAUUCCAGCCCCCUGUCCCUACAGGAAAAUGGUCUGGAGUAUACAACGCCACAGUUGACGGACCAGCGUGUCCUCAAGUUCAGCAAGACGGCGUUACCAUACCCACUUCAGAAGAUUGCUUGUUUCUUAACAUCUAUACAACUAAGCCACCUUCAGUCAAAAACACUAAUAAGCUUCCAGUGCUUGUAUUUAUUCACGGUGGAGCUUACGUGUCUGGCACAGCACGUAGCGACAUGGUGGGCCCUCGAUUUUUGUUAGACCAGGACAUUGUUCUGGCCACUUUAAAUUAUCGCAUCGGAGCUUUAGGUUUUCUGUCUUUGGGUAAAGACGUUCCUGGGAACAACGGCUUGAAAGACCAAGUGGUUGCUCUACAAUGGAUAAAAAAAUACAUACACGCAUUUGGUGGCGAUCCAAACUCUAUUACUCUGUCCGGUUCCAGUGUAGGUGGUGGUAGUGUUAACUACCACUUACUUUCUCCAAUGUCUCGCGGACUUUUCCACAGGGCAAUUUUCAGCUGCUAUUCCGCAGAAAAUCCUCGAGAGAUGUCAUUAAAUGGCUGCCACGUAGCUCAAAAACAAGCUCGGUUUGUUGGCUGCCCAGAUGAUACUCCUGGACGAAUUUUAGAUUGUCUACGAACAAAAAGCGCGGAGGAAAUUGUUAAAACUUUACCUCGGUUUUUGGAAUUUGGCAAGAACCCGCUCUUGACUUAUACCCCUGUUAUUGAAAAAGAUUAUGGUCAGCAACGGUUCAUCAUCGAACAUCCAGUCAAGUCCAUUGUAAAUAACAAUUUUCAAGAAUUACCUGUUCUGGUAGGAGUUACCCAGAAUGAGUUCGCUUUUCAAACACUAAAUUUAAUCCUAAAUAAAACACUUCGGCAAGAACUCAAUACCAAUUUUGAAAAAUGGGCACCAGUUAUUUUCGGUUAUGAAAGACACACAGAGAAAUCCAAGAACAUAAGUCGCACGAUACGACAGUUUUAUUUAGGGGAUGGACGUUUAACUCUGUUGUCUUUGAUACCACUUGGAGAAGCUUUUGCUGAUGGUAUUACUGGAUUUGCCGUGAACAGAGCUGUAGAUUUAAUAUCUAAUAAAAGCAGUUGUUCUGUGUAUUAUUAUAAAUUUACAUAUCAAAAAACAAAUGCAUUUGGUGUCUUCCAUGCGGAGGAUAUAUUAUACUUGUUCGAUGUUCCCAUUCAGAACAGAAUCUAUGAUUCCAAAAUGAUAGAAAUCAUGACUUCGUUGUGGACAAAUUUUGCUAAACAUGCUGACCCCAACGAAAAAUCAAGUGUUUAUCCUAUAUGGAGACCAUACAAUGUUGAUACUAAAUUAUAUCUAGACAUUGGACAAGAGUUGGUCUUAAGAAAUCACUUGUUCGAGGAAAGGUAUGCUUUGUGGAGAAGAUUGUUCCCUGUUGAAUUGUAUUUGUAAGGUCUAGAAGACAGGCACUAUUUAAG